CGAGACAGGAGAAGAAACAAAAAAUGAAAAUAAAAACGAAAUUCUGGUGGCUUCGUCUUCGUUUAUUCGGAUUCCCUUCGAAGCCGAGCUCUGCUGCAUCUCCAGGCGGCUGCGAACAAGCUUCCGUCUUCCUCGUCAGUUUGAUCCUUUCUGCUUCGUCUGCUUUCUCUUUGCCUUCUCUCUGCAACCAAAUAAUCCUCAGCUUUGGUGCGACGUUUUUAUCAUUCGGAAACAUUAGUGCACGGAUUGCAAUAAUUUUAAAGGAAUUGAUGGGAGAUGCUUGUAAAUUAGGGCAGAAGGUGAUCAGUGUCUGCCAUGCAUAUCUGAUAUUUGGAUCUGAGAACUGAAAACAGACACUGCCCAUCUUUCAAAAACGCGGUCGUGAUUAGAGCCCCUUCCACAAAAAGGGUUCCUCAGUUGAGGGCUCAAGGACUUGUGCCAUGCCGUAUUUUAUUCAAAGGCUGUACAAUACUUGCAAGUCCUCUUUCUCAACUGAUGGACCUGUAUCUGAGGAAGGGUUAGAGAAGGUUCGCAAUGUGUUGGAGAAAAUCAAACCUUCGGAUGUUGGUCUUGAGCAGGAAGCUCAAUUGGUGCGUACCUGGUCUGGUCCUGUGAAUGUGCAUAAUGGAGGCCAUCACACGCUACCAGCAAUAAAAUACCUCCAUUUACACGAGUGUGACAGCUUUUCUAUUGGAAUUUUCUGCAUGCCACCUUCCUCUAUCAUACCGCUUCAUAACCAUCCAGGCAUGACGGUGCUAAGCAAGCUCGUUUACGGUUCACUACAUGUAAAGUCAUAUGACUGGAUUGACACUGAUGCUCCUGAACCAGAUGGUCCAUUACAAGCAAGAGCCGGGAAGCUGGUCAAGGAUACCGAGAUGACCGCCCCCUGCCCAUCAACCUUGCUUUAUCCCACAAGCGGAGGCAACAUCCAUUGUUUCAAAGCCAUCACUCACUGUGCCAUCUUCGACAUCCUAUCUCCUCCCUACUCUUCCUCUCAUGGACGGCACUGCACCUACUUCCGGAAAUCCCCUAGACAAGACUUACCAGGUGAGAUGGAAGUGAACGGAGAGGUGGUGUCAGACGUGACAUGGCUCCAAGAAUAUCAACCUCCCGAUAACUUUGUCAUAUGGCGAGUUCCUUACCGAGGUCCUGUUAUUAGAACAUGACACCCAGAAUUUGCUUCUUUUUUUGUUAUUAACAUAUGAUUUGAUCGGAGUUUGUCCAAAAUAAUUGACAUUUCAGGGUUUUCCUCGUUGUCCAGAUUACACAUAUUGUAAUAACCCAUAAAGCUUUAGCUCAAUUCAUGAUACCACCAAUAUCACA